CCCUUUGAACAACACCAGGAUGGGGGAUGACACAAGGCUCCGUAGGACUCGUGGCGGGGAGGUGUGAGUAGGAAGAGUAUUUAAUCCAGAUUGACUGGUGAUGUCUCAGUCAGCCUGAUCAUAACUAACCACGAUCUCCUACUCCACUCGGCUACUCCACAAGCUCCCUCGACUCCAGCCCUGCCACAGUAGAAAAGAACAGUCAUAAAAGAAGAAGAUGAUCGACCUCCAGUCAGCCACCUUACCCCUCUUCCAAUCACUCACACAGCACUACUACCAACAGCAACAGCAAGAAGAAGAUGAAGCUGGAACCUCGCAACUCAUCUACUCAUUACUCAACGGUCACCAGCAACCCCGAGCUGACUCACCGGCCUCCAGCUCCUCCUCUUCUUCAGAAAACCGACACUCCUCCUCGCCUCAUUCAUCAUCAUCAUCAUCAUCAUCAUCAUUGCCCAUAAGAACAAAGUCUACUGCUCGUCAGAAGCCUAAGCCAUUCAACCCCUGGCAAACUAAGAUCUUGCUCUCGAUCCUCAACUAUGACCAACAUCUCUCAUCGGUCGAGAAAGACAUGGUCGGACUCACCUUGGGUCUCUCCUCUACUCAAAUUAACCGUUGGUUUUGCAAUGCUAGAGCGAGAGAGUUGAAGCGAUCGAAGAAGUUUAAUGAGUUGGAUCAGAUUAAGCCACCCAUCGAAACUUUCAGCCCAUCGAUAUCCUCCAGGCUAACGACCCAACCAGCAGAAGAAGAAGAAGGAGCGGAAGCUGGAAGAGCGGGGAACCAACUGAAGCAGAAGGAGAGGGUCGAGGCCGAGUCAGCAGCUCACAUCGAUCCCCGGCUGUUCGAAGGCCUAAUUACCACUACCACUCACUCAGCAACACCACCAGCCGUUGCCCAAGAACAGCCCAUCCAGCCGCCCUCUUCCUUCAACCAGCAUCUGAACCUGCAGGAUAUCCUAAGCCAACUCAACCGCCCUCAACCACCAACCACCAACCAACCCAUCCCUUCAUCAUCAUCCUCGUCCUCCGCUUCUUCUGAGGGAGAAGACGACCACACCGUCCGAACACCUACUAUGACUAGCACCACCACCACUACUACUACCAAUCCACCUAAACAUCAAGAAACGCUCUUGUCAUUCUUCUCUUCCCCUCCUCCUCCUUCGCUCCAAGACCUUGACUUCGACCAACUCUUCGCCUCCUUACAGCAGCACCAUCAUCAUCCUCAGGAGGAAGUACCGUCUGCGUCGAUCAACUCUUCCCCACUUCCGCAACCACAAGUGGAUCAUUCCGGACUGAACCAAGACUCGCUCUGGCCUCCUCUAAUGGCCCCUUCAUCUGAUACCCCAGAUUCUCCUUCUCCGGCGGGUCUGGAGUCUCAAACUCCACCACCACCACCUCCUGCUUGGAUCCAGGCUCCGGUCAUUAAUGAUAACAAUGAUGUUCAAAAUCUGUCGACGGAUCAUCCUUCAGUCUUCGACUUGCUCCUCUCUCAACUCUGCCUUCCUCCUCCUCUUCCUGCCCAUCAGUCUUUCCCAUCGUCCUCCUCUCAUCCUCUGCAUCAACCUUCCUUUAUUCCUCCAUUUUGUUUCUCCACCGAGGGAUCCGAACAAUCCACUUUCAAUAAGCCACCGUCUCAUUCGUAAUCCACUCGAAUCUUCUUGGUUUCUCUCUUCUCUACUCUCUCCAUCUGCAUCAACCGCCCAACCAUUAGACUUCUUUCCUCGAUCCUUUACUACCAAUCUCUGGCUUCUUCACUCGCAUACUUCUUACCACCCCCGUUUUUUACUCUUGUCUGGCUUAUCGGCCAUGACCGUCCGACUUCGUUCUUCAUGAAUCUCGGGCAGUCCGGGAACCGGUCCAAGAAAAAAAAAAACCCCUUCUCGUUUCUCUUUCUCUCUACAUGACGACAACGAACGAAGAUGAUCAAUGAUCUCGAUGACGAGCGGGUACCGGGCGUCUAUGACCUCUCCCU